AGCUGGCAUGGAGAACCUCACAGAGACUGAAGGCCCCUUCAGUAAACUCUCCUUGGACCCUGCAGAGGAGUACAAGAUGAACAAAAAACGACGAGGCCUUGCUCUCAUUUUUAAUCAGAAGCUCUUUUACACAGGAUGCAAACCCCGCUAUGGGACUGAAGUUGACCGUAACAACUUGGAGAAAAGCUGCAGAAGCGGACCAUUCAGACGCAGACUGUUUCUUACUCGUCUUCCUGAGCCAUGGUGAGAAAGAUCAUGUUUGCACCAUGGAUGGCAACAUUAGAAUUCAGGAUAUCACAGCUCCUUUCAAAGGAGACAAGUGCCGGACCCUUGUAGGCAAGCCAAAGAUCUUUAUAUUACAGGCAUGUCGUGGAAAAGAGUUUGAUAAUCCUGUGACUGUCUGUGGUGGUGAAAGUGAGCCAAAGGAAGAUGAGUUGAUGGUUGAUGCCGGGGCCAUACACACACUUCCUGCUGGAGCUGAUUUCAUCAUGUGCUACUCUGUGGCUGAAGGUUACUUUUCCUUCAGGAAUGUACUAGAGGGCUCCUGGUACAUCCAGGAUCUUUGCAAGACCCUUGGAGAGCAUGGUGACUCCCUUGAAUUUACAGUUUUACUCACCCUGGUCAACAGGAUAGUGUCGAUGAGGAGUGUCAAGUUGAGUAGAGACCAGGAUGCCAUUGGGAAGAAGCAGGUGCCUUGCUUUUCUUCAAUGCUCACUAAGCAACUGUACUUUAGACCAAAAGGUCUUUCUUUGCCGCCUGUGACUCGGCAGUGGUUCUGCUGUUGGAGGUGGGGAAAAAGAGCAGCAUAAAACAUGAGGAAGAAGAUCUGAGUUUAGGUAGAACCAAAUUUUGAUGUCAUAAAUGUGCUGUCAUAAAGAUAUUAUAAAUCUGCCUUUGUGUCAUUGAUUGAUUGCUUUCUGCAAUAAAGUCCAACUUAUUUUUUUCA